AUGAUAAAAAUAUUCUUAUCAAAAAGUUAUAAAGGUUUGGAUAGAUUUAUUUUGGUUUUAUUUUUGAUAUUUACUAUUGUGGGGGCAAAUGGCUUGAAUAAUAAGAAAAGGUUAAGUCAGUGUAAAAGUAUAUUUAAACAUAAUAGGGGAGGAAAAAGUGAAGGAAUAAAAUUGUUUAUUCGAAAUAAAUAUUUUAAUAAAAAUAAUGAUCUUUUAAGCAAAUAUAGGAGAAAAUGUAACAAUAUGCAUAAGGUAAAUAUUUUUCGAUUAAAAUUGAGUAACAAUCAUUCUUUAAAAAAAAAUGUCGAUCUGGAAAAUUAUAGAAACAUAGGGAUUAUUGCACAUAUUGAUGCAGGGAAAACUACAACAACAGAAAGAAUAUUAUAUUAUACUAAUGUAAUAAAAAAAAUAGGAGAAGUGCAUGAAGGUUUAUCAACAAUGGAUUAUUUGGACAUAGAAAGAGAAAAGGGAAUAACUAUCAAUGCAGCUGUAACUACAUGUUAUUGGAAUGGUAGUGAAAAAAAUUUAGGAAAUUAUCGUAUAAAUAUUAUUGAUACCCCUGGGCAUGUCGAUUUUACUGCAGAAGUUGAAAAAAGUUUAAGAGUUUUAGAUGGUGGAAUAGUAGUUUUUGAUAGUAGUGAAGGUGUUGAGUCACAAUCUGAGACAGUAUGGAAACAAGCAAAUAGAUAUAAUAUUAGCAGAAUAAUAUUUUUAAAUAAAUUAGAUAAAGUUGGAGCUAACUUUGAAUCUUGUAUUGAAGAAAUUAAAAGGAAAUUAAAUAAAAAAAUAUUGAUUUUAUAUGUGCCUGUUUUUGAGAUGAGCAAUUUUAUAACUACUAUUGAUAUAUUAAAAGAAAAAAUGAUUGUAUAUAAAAAUGCCCAUGAUUUUUAUUUUGAAGAUAUUCCACAAGAAUAUUAUGGUAUCUUUUUAAAAUAUAAAAAUUUAUUAUAUGAGCAGAUAGCCGAAAAUUUUAAUACCUUUUUAGAUAAUUAUUUAAAUGAUAAAGUUAUGAAAGUAGAAGAAGUUGAAUAUUAUAUAAGAAAACUAGUUGUGGAACAAAAGUAUAAUGUAGUUAUUUGUGGAUCUUCUUUGAAAAAUAAAAAUGUCCAAAUGCUUCUUGAUAUGGUUGUAAAAUAUUUACCUUCUCCUAUAGAUUGUAUACAAAAUUAUAAGAACCAAAUUAUAUAUAAAUAUGACGUUAAUAAAAAAGGUGAGAAAAUUAUAUUAAAUAGCAAAAAAGAUGAAAAGAGCAUAUGUGAGAAAAUGGAUAAUGUGAGCAUUGGUAAUGAUAUAAACGGGGGGGUUAAUAGCGAAAUAAAUAAAAAUGUUACUUCUGGAUCUAAUAAUAUAUAUGAUGAAUCUGUAAAUCAAGUAAUAAAUCAUAAAGCUAUUUCCAAUACUUUAAAUAGUAAUGAAAAAAAUGAAAAAGAUGAGUUAAAACAAAACGACUUAAUUUCAGAAGAAUUAAGCAAAGAGAAUAUAAAAGAUUAUAACAGAAAGUUUGUGGGGUUAAUUUAUAAAAUUAUGAACGAUCAACAUUUGGGAAAUAUUAACUAUGUUCGUGUAUAUGAAGGGAAACUAAAUAAAGGUGAUUUUAUAUAUAAUAAUAGAACAAAGAAAAGUGAAAAAGUAUCAAAAAUUUUUUUUAUACAUUCCAGUGAAAAAUAUGAACUCGAAAAUGCGUAUGCAGGUGAUAUUGUUGGAAUUGUUGGAUUGAAGGAUACCCAAAUUGGGGAUACAAUAAGUAACGUGUUUUUAAGAACUGAAUUAAAAAAAAUUAAAGAAAUACCUCCGAUUAUCAGUUUUUAUAUAUAUAAUAAAAAUAAAAAUGAAUAUGAAAAAUUAAUUAAUGCAUUAAUUAAAAUUAAAAAAGAAGAUCAUUCAUUUUUUUUUCAUAUAAAUCCUGAUACAAAAGAUUUACUAAUUAGUGGCGUUGGAGAAUUGCAUUUACAAAUUAUAAUUAAUAAAAUUCAAAAAGAUUUUAAUAUACCUAUUAUAUAUGGUCAACCCCAAAUAUCGUAUAAAGAGACAUUUGUUGAAAAUGUAGAAGCCCGAGGAAAGUAUAUUAAACAGUCUGGUGGUAGAGGACAAUAUGGUGAUGUGCAUAUUAAAAUAGAGCCUAUGUAUAAUUAUACUGAAGAAGAAGAUAAAGAAUAUGAUGUUAAUAAUAAUAAUGAUGACAAAAAAGAAGAAACAAAUGACGAUAUGGAUAAAAAUUGUAUGAAUAUUGAUACAUCAGAAGUAAAUAAUAAUAUUAUUAUAAAAAAUGAAAUUACAUGUGGAGCUAUUCCUUCUGUGUAUUUUGAUGCAAUCAAUGCAGGCAUAAGGGAGCAAUGUAAUUUAGGUGUUUUAUCUAAUUCUCCAUUAAUAAAUAUUGUUAUAAGAAUAGUAGAUGGUUCAUUCCAUCCUGUGGAUAGUAAUGAGCAUGCCUUUAAGUUGGCCGCAGGACUUGCAAUCAGAGAAGCUGCAAAAAAAACUUCAGUCCGAUUACUGGAGCCAAUAAUGAAUAUAAACGUAACAGUGCCAACUGAAUACCUUGGGGAAGUUAUAAGUGACUUGGUUAAAAAAAGGGGAAAAAUUCAACAUAUAGACGAAAGUGAUGAGUAUACCAAGGAAAUUUAUGCCAGGGCCCCCAUGGCAUCCAUUUUAUCAUAUGUUAGCGACUUAAGGAAAAUAACAAAGGGACGAGGGAAUUACACGAUGACACUACACACGUACUCAUUGGUACCGCCCUACAUACAGGAGCAGCUUUUACAAAAGAAGGAAUAA